AAACUAUGUUUAAACAAUUGAGUGCAAGUUGAGUUGCAGCUUAAUACCAUUAUCGUAAGAGGUUCAAUCCCAUAUGAAUGUAAAAUUCGUAUUAAACAAAAAUAAAACAAUUGAAAAUAAUGGAAAUAAAUAAAAAAUUGUCAUUUAACUGAUUAGACCGAAUUUUUCCUUUUAUUGUUACUCAAACAAAAAAAAAAAAAACUCUGGUUUGAAGCAGAAGAAAAACAAAAGAAAAUAUCUCUCCUCCUGUUCCAACAAGAAGAAGAAAAAGCUUUUAAAAAGGUGAAGAAAGUUGAUUUAUUGCAUCUGCAUCCAAAAGAGAGACCUGGAUAACAGACUGCAGAUAUGUCUUGGUUGGAAAGUAUAUACAGCAUAUUUGAAGAUAAAGUUGAAGCUAUGCGCUUAGAGGUGGAUGGUAUCAUGUGGCAGCAGCAGGACGGAUUUGAAUAUGUGGGAAACAGGUUGCAAAUGGUUGGUACCAGUGUCAAGCAAUUUUGCUCAGAUUUUGUGCAAGAGGUUCUUCCUCAAUGUUCUGAGAAUUCAGCGGAAGCUUUUGAAUCUUCUUUAGGUCAAAAUACUGAUGGGGCCAAUAUAUUGCCAAAGGAAUGCAUCGAGGAAGGCCAGUUGGAGAAAGAACCUUGCAAUGCGAAUCUGUUGCACCAGUCAUUGCCUAAGGAUCCUGAAAAAGGUGCUUGUUAUUUUUGUGUGCAAGAUAUUGUAGACCUUAACAAUUGGAUUGAGGAUCCUUAUGAAGAAAGGCUAAUUCAGCUUGAGAUGUCUGAUAGUGUCACUUCAGACAAGAAAAAUUUAAGCUCGUCAGUAUUGUCCACAACCUUGGAUGACCUACUAGCCAGUAGCUACUAUGAGGAAAAUCGACUUCAGGUUGAGAUGUCCAAUUGUGUCACUUCAGACAAGGAAGAUACAAGUUUUUCAGUAUUGUCUCCAACUUCAAGUGACCCACUAGAGAGUAGCUUUUGCCCAAAAAUGGUCCCUUCAGGUUUUCCAUCUUCAGAUUCUGUUAGCUCUUUUCACUCCUUUGAAAGUGAUGUUUUGGAUUUUGAAGAUAUUUCUAGUGGUGCUCCAGUUGAAUCAAUUGGAAAAUCAGACAACAGUAUUGAUGAUAUUACCUAUGUGGGGUCAUUUCAUAAGAUAGAGCUUGAUGAAAGUUGCGUUAUCGUAGAGAGUAGCGAGUCUUCUUAUGAUUUUCAUGAAGCAGCAACAUUCAGGUCUUACAAGGAAAAACUCAAUGCUUCCUCUGGAAAAGAGGGGGCAGCAAAGCAGGAUGAUGAUACUCGUCCAGAUUCUGAAUCCUCUCAGCAGGAAAAGGAAGGUCCUGUGUCAUCAAGUGCAACGGCAUCAGAUGAUGAAUUAUGCGAAUGUGAUUGGGAGAUUGUCUAGUUAAAUUAUGGGGCUGCAAAUAUUCAGCAAUUCAAUUGCAAGUAUGCAAAUAAAAAGGAUAAAAUAUUUUGUUGACAUUGCUUAUGAAUGUACUUGUAGAGAGACACUGAGCUACAGAAUGCUCUUCGGAGGUGCUGUACUCAAGCAGAGGCAGGAAAUAAAUUAUUUUCAAAUA